UGUGUCUAGUGUGAUAUAUGCAUUUCCGGUAAAAAAAGAAGUAAGAAUGUCAAGCUUGAAACAGACUCCGCUCACGUGCAGCGGACACACACGACCUGUUGUCUUUUUAUCGUUCAGUGACGUAACCCCUUUUGGAUAUUUCCUAAUUAGCGCGUGUAAAGAUGGAAAGCCAAUGUUACGACAAGGUGAUACAGGAGACUGGAUUGGGACGUUUGAAGGUCACAAGGGCGCAGUUUGGGGGGCAGCUCUGAACAGAGACGCAACCAAGGCUGCCACUGGGGCUGCAGAUUUCACAGCUAAAGUGUGGUGCGCUGUGAGUGGAGAAGAGUUGAAGACAUUUCAGCACAAGCACAUCGUGAAAUGUGUGGACUUCUCCCAUGAUGGGGACUACCUGCUCACCGGAAGCCAGGAGAAGAUUCUUAGAAUAUUUGACUUGGAGAAAACGGAUGCAGAACCAAGAAUGUUUUCUGGUCAUACCGCGUUCAUUAAGAAUGCCCUGUUCACCCACGAUGGCAGGCAGAUUGUGAGUGCAGCAGAUGACAAGACUGUGCGAAUCUGGGAUGUUAAUUCCUGUUCGGAAGUGAGAAAGCUGGAGUUCCCAUCAGUGCCCACUAGUCUGGACCUGUCGCAGGAUGGCAAGAUCAUAAUUGUCACCCACGGCAACACUACUGCCUUCUGGGAUGCAGAGAAGUUUGAGAAGAUAAAGGAAUAUGAAUCUCCGUCACCUAUCAACACUGCCUGUCUCCACCCUGAUAAGUCUAUCUUCAUUACUGGAGGAGAGAACUUCAUCAUGUACAAGUUCAACUACGAGACCGGUGAAGAACUGGAGGCAUUUAAAGGACAUUUCGGACCAAUCCACUGUGUGCGAUUCUCGCCGGACGGGGAAGUGUACGCUAGCGGUAGUGAGGACGGAACGCUGCGACUGUGGCAAACAACUGUGGGGAAGACCUAUGGACUCUGGAAGUGUGUGCUACCGGACGAGAUCCUCAACAAUAACGCCGAUUCAACACCGCUAAAGCCUGAAGCUUGAUGCAUUUUUUGUUAUUUUUGUUUGGAAGAGGAAACCCAGCAUCUGAUUAUGAAUCAGAUUUGAAAAUAUUGAAUUGCAGUUGAAAUCAAUGCACUACCUUAUUUUUGCAGGUAGUGCAAGAUAUAACUGGCUACAGUGCCAAUUAUUUAUAUAUGCUGCUUACUUAAGGGAAUAUUAAAAUCUAUGUUAAAUACAUCAGUCUGUAGAGAUAAUAUUUACAAGGAUUGCAGUUUCUUAUGUGACACAAAUGUAAGUGGCAUCUACUGGUGUAGGAUUAAUAUGAGAAUAUUCUACCUGUUGGUUGCAGCAUGUCAUUUUCGUUGUAAUACAAGAUGUAUUUGGCAGUCUGGAUACAAUUGUUAAAGGGCUGCACGAGAAGUGAUCUAUAAAUCAUAUCUUCAAAGCCAUUCAA